CAAGAGCUGCUGCGGAGAGUAUAAAGUUUUAGAGGGUUUUCACACACUUCUACCUCGAUCGGUACGGUUGAAUGAUGAGGAAGAAUACAUCCCUAAGGAUUCUAGACUGAAGGCCAAAAGUGAACACACAUCCAGGAGUUAAGUGCCGCUGACUGAGUGUCUGUGAACUAUGUCCUGUAUAGUUCCCUAUAUGAUCGAAGAAUCCAGCCUGGAGGGGUGCACGGAGAUUGGCGCCGGGGGUUUCGGAAAAAUCUACAAAGCCAGGCAUCGAGAGUGGGCCUGCGAUGUGGCCAUUAAACUGCUUUAUCGUGAAGAUGGGAAGAGUGCGUCUUUGAUGCGUGAGAUCGACAUGAUGCGUCUAGGAAGCAGCCCGCAUGUUAUUCAGGUCCGAGGAGUCUUCAAGGGUCGACUGCCGACCUCCCCCCCGACCACACAGCUCGGUCUGGUCAUGGAGUACAUGGAGAGAGGGUCCCUGGCCUUCCUACAGGAAACCUUAGAUGGAGCUCCACCGUGGCCGCUGGUCUUCAGACUGGCUCACCAAGUGGCUCUGGGCAUAAACUUCCUCCACAGUCUGCCCACUCCCAUGCUCCACCUGGACCUGAAGCCCAGCAACGUGCUGCUGGACUGCGCUCUCAAUGCCAAGCUGACAGAUUUUGGCCUUUCCCAGUUUUCCCACAGCAUCAUGCGGGAUUCGGACAGUGAAGUGGAAGGAGGGACGACUAAGUACAUGCCACCGGAGGCGUUCGACUUAUCAUACAAACCAACCCAAUCCUUUGAUAUUUACAGUUAUGGUAUACUGUUAUGGUCAAUUGCCACAGGGAAACAACCAUAUCCAUCUAAAACAUCCAGCUUAGUGAAGUUGCGCAUCUCGGACGGAGACCGUCCAUUGCCGAAUGAGAUCAGGGGCGAGGCUGCAGGGUUGGAAGGACUGAAAGAGCUCAUGCAGAAAUGCUGGGACCAAACACCCAAGAAAAGGCCCUCCGCCCAUAACUGUACAAUUGAUUCAGAAAAACUGUACAAGAUGCACAAACGUGCAAUAAAUGAUGAUGUCCAUCAAGUGCUGAAGAAACUGGACCAGAGGGAAGAAAGACUUAUAGAGGAGCUUGAGAAGUUUCAUAUCACUAAGGCUUCAGGGAGUCAACGUUUUGAAGAAGUGAACGCUUGUGAAAACGUGCCAACAGGUGGCCCACCAAUUCAGGAAAUGGCACGUGCUUCAAAUCAAAGAGUCAAAGAUUCACAUUCAUCUCGACCUUCAAGCAUGUGUUAUGAUGACGUGAGCCGCCCAUUGACGGAGAGUAAAGUCAAAGGGUCCUCGGUUUGCCCCAUUGUAUCGUCACCACCGUCUCCUUCGACCGGGAGGUCUUCUCAGAGCAGAACAGAAAAACCUUCCCUCAAGAGUUUUAGUCAAAACCCGGCUUUGCAGUACCAACGUCAGUCUUCCAGUCCCGUCGCUUUCCCCUCCUAUCCUCCACCUGGAAUCCAAAUUCACUGCAGCAACGUAACCGGAUUUCAGCAAGGCAACAACAACACCAUGCACAUUCAAACUACGACAGACAGGAAACGGCACCCAACAGCACCACCGAGAAUCGACCUUAUGUCACCACAAACAGGAAGCAAGAGGGACAAGACAGGAGGUGUUGGCUGAGUUUACAUGGAGCUUUUCGAUCAUAAGUUCUCCAAUUUUCUGUUGUAGUUCUCUAUGCUUGGCGUGUCCUUCCUUGCACAACAGGAAGGUCAUGUUUUGUAAGAGAAGCUCCCUGUGUGUAUCUAUUUUUAUUAUUUUCAAAUCAGGACAGGAUUCAGAUAUUUUAGUAGCAUGUAAGCUUUUAAAAUGAGUUUUUAUUUUUAUUUUGUUUAUUGCGCUUCUUUUGUUAGACAAAUUCAAACCAAUGCGCACAAAUCUCACACCUCCCGUUUGCCCUGUCAGCACUAUAAAUGUGAGCCAAGUCAUAUGGUCAAUAAAUAUCCACAGUUCACCAUCAGGUGCCAAAAAUCAGCAUGACAACAGAUUUACUAUUAAUCAAAACAGGUUGAUAUAUCGUCUUUUCUGUUUUUAUUUUAGCCUCAAUGCCAGGUGCCCCUUAUGUCACGGAGGUUAAAACAAUUACAUUACUUCAUUCUACAUUUUACAUACUUUUUCAAAUGAUAAAAAAAAAAAAAAGUGCGAUCCAGAAUUGUGUAUGCAUCUGUGCUGCCAUAAAAAGUCUUGAAAACUUCACCCAGAAGAAGCGUGAUGUAUCUUCAAUGGAGUGUUGGAACAAGCAUGUAGGAAUAUUCAUGUGCUAUUGUUUUAUCUUUAAGGAUAAAUCUGGUAUGUGAUUAUGGGAUAAGUUUACAAUAAGAAAAUAUAUAGAAUAUAUUAGUUAUCCUUUAAUCCUGAAGGUACUUAAGUGGAAAUAUGCAGUAAAAACAAUAAGAACCUAGAGAUUGUAAAAGUACUGUUUACUGAGAUUCAGAGGUCUUAAGAAAUUCAGUUUGUACUUUUUUCAUAUCAAAGUCAACUGAAUAUAUUUAUAGACAUUUAGUCUGGGUGGUGAAUAUCACAGAGCUGCAGCAAUUACUUGAUUUAUUGAUUAGAUAACAGAAAAUGUAUUGGCAGCUUAUUUGGUAAUCACUUAAUUAUUUAUUGUUUAAGCAAAACUGCAAAACAUUCUCUGGUUCUAGCUUCUCAAAUGUGAUCAUUUUGCAGUUUUUCUCUGUUUUAUAUCUUUGUAAAUGGAAUAUCCUUGAAAAGUCUUCUUUAAAAAUGUUUAGUUCAAUAAAAGAUCCCUAAAUUCCU